CCAGGACACAAACCCUCAACUUGCAGCCAUGGAGGUCGGAGGGGUCUUCACCAUCUUCCUAGGGCUCUGCUUGUCCUGUUUGCUGAUCCUGAUAGCCUGGAAACGAAGGAACAAGGGAGGAAAGCUGCCCCCUGGCCCCACACCCUUACCUUUCGUGGGGAACCUGUGGCAAGUCCGCAUUGAUGCAACAUUUCAGUCUUUAAUGAAGCUCCAGAAAAAAUAUGGCUCUGUGUUCACUGUGUACUUGGGUCCACGACCAGUGGUUGUCUUAUGCGGACAUGAGGCUGUGAAGGAGGCACUGGUAGACCAAGCAGAUGACUUCAGUGGCCGUGGAGAAAUGCCUACAUUAGAGCGAAACUUUCAAGGUCACGGUUUAGCUCUUUCCAAUGGAGAACGAUGGAAGACUCUCCGGCGCUUUUCCCUGACUGUCCUUCGAAAUUUUGGGAUGGGAAAGAGGAGCAUUGAAGAACGGAUCCAGGAGGAGGCUGGCUACCUACUGGAGGAACUCCGGAAGACCAAGGGAGCUCCCAUUGAACCCACCUUCUACCUGAGCCGCACUGUGUCCAAUGUCAUCAGUUCUGUUGUCUUUGGAAGUCGCUUUGACUAUGAGGACAAGCAGUUCCUGAGCCUGCUGAGGAUGAUCAAUGAGAGUUUCAUCGAGAUGAGCAUCCCCUACGCACAGCUGUAUGACAUGUACUCUGGAGUCCUGCAAUAUUUUCCAGGAAGGCACAAUCGCCUCUAUUAUCUGAUAGAAGAUCUUAAAGAGUUCACUGCAUCUAGAGUGAAGAUCAACAAAGCAUCCUUUGACCCCCAAAACCCUAGGGAUUUCAUUGACUCCUUCCUCAUCAAGAUGCACCAGGAUAAAAGCGAUCCCCACUCAGAAUUCAACCUCAAGAACUUGGUCCUCACCACCCUCAACCUCUUCUUUGCUGGCACAGAGACCGUGAGCUCUACAUUACGUUAUGGAUUCUUGCUGCUAAUGAAGUAUCCCGAGGUAGAGGCCAAGAUCUAUGAAGAGAUUAACCAGGUGAUUGGACCACACCGGAUCCCAAGUGUGGAUGACCGGGUCAAAAUGCCCUACACAGAUGCUGUCAUCCAUGAGAUACAGAGACUGACAGACAUCGUGCCCCUGGGUGUACCGCAUAACGUCAUACGGGACACUCAUUUCCGAGGCUACUUUCUGCCCAAGGGCACAGAUGUGUAUCCCAUGAUUGGUUCAGUCCUCAAAGACCCCAAAUACUUCCGCUACCCAGAUUCUUUUUAUCCUGAACACUUCCUAGAUGAACAGGGACGCUUCAAGAAGAAUGAAGCCUUUGUGGUCUUUUCCUCUGGAAAGCGAAUCUGUGUAGGGGAGGCGCUGGCCCGUAUGGAACUCUUUCUCUAUUUCACCUCCAUCCUUCAGAACUUCUCGUUACGUUCCCUGGUGCCUCCCGCUGACAUUGACAUCACUCCCAGGAUUUCAGGCUUUGGCAACAUUCCUCCAAUUUAUGAGCUCUGCUUCGUGCCCCGUUGA